AUGUCCCUCCCAAAACUCUCCAACAUCGUCACAUGGUCUCUGUACUUCAUCCCAAUAUACAUUUUUAUCCUCUCUCCGCUCCUACAAACAUUCUUCGGCCCCAGCACCACGCACUCCGAGAAUGAGAACGUGAACAUAUUCGACUGGGACAGAUCAGACACAAUUCCAGCCCCAAAUCUCCGAGACGACAGCUUCAUUAGCCCAGAGGAUGGCGUCCCAACAACCUGCCCCGGCGAACCAGCCGGAUACAAAGUACACUUGCUUUCACGCGCACCCCUCAUUCUUUACCUUGAGAAUUUCCUCAGCGACGACGAAGCGGAUCAUCUAGUGGAUAUCAGUGUGGACAAAUAUAAACCCUCCAUCGUCUACAACGGCAAGACAGAAAAGGUCGAUCCGAGCAAACGCCUUUCAGACCGCGCCCUCCUCGACCGCGACGACACAGUCCGCUGUCUCGAAGAUCGCGCCCGCGCAUUCCAAGGCUGGCGUCCACACCUAUACAUCGAACGCAUGUGGGCCCAACGGUAUAACGCCUCAGGACACUACCGGCAUCAUUACGAUUGGACCGGAACACUCGCACGUGGUGGAGACCGAUUGAGCACGUUCAUGGUAUAUCUGGGUGCUGAUUGUGAAGGUGGGGGGACGAAUUUUCCACGGUUGACGAUGCCGCCUGGGAAGGAGUGGUGUCGAUUUUUGGAGUGCGAGGAGAAUGGGGAGGCCGAGGCCGAGGUUCAGGGGGAUCUAGAUUCGGACUCGGACCAGAAUUUGGGUGAAAUUCCGAAGCAGAAACCUGGGAUCACAUUUAAGCCUAUCAAGGGGAAUGCGAUCUUUUGGGAGAAUCUAAGACCGGAUGGGACUGGGUAUCCUGAGACUUGGCAUGCUGCUUACCCUGUCACGUCGGGGACGAAAGUGGGAUUGAAUAUUUGGAGUUGGUAUCAGCCACCUAUGCGGGCGCGUCGGGGGUGA